AUGGGGCGUAACCUUUCAAAUCAUUCAGAAUCUCCAGUUGGGGACCCUCCUCGUAGGAGGAGCCCAUCUAGGAAAAGUCCAUCCAGAAUUGAAAGAUCACCUACUCGACAUAGGAGGUCCCACAGGGGUAGUUCUCCACCAAGAGAGAAACAUUCGGGUCACCCUAAGUCUCCAAAGCAUGCAAGGUCCCCCUCUCCUCCUGUUCGCUCUCCUUCUCCUCGGACAAAACGGUUAAGAAGAGCUCAAGCUGGCAGAGAGGCUGUGAAAGAACCUGAAAGAAGUAACGGGAGGGGAACUGAUAGGGGUUUACAGAAGGAAGGGGUUUCAGAGAGAGACGUCGGGAGUGAUAGGAAAGAGAAACGGUCAGGAAGAGACGAUGUUGAUGGUAAAUCAUCAAGACCAAGACAUGGUACUUCUCCAUCAGAUCGACAGCGAAGGAGUAGGCAUAUAUCUCCCUCACCUCAACCUGCUGGUGUUACCAGAGACGUGGAGAAAGUAAUUGAGAAUGACAGUGAAAGGAAUCAUGGCAGAGGGAGUGAUAGAAGAAUGCAAAGGGAAAAGGGUUCAGAUAGAGAAACUGAUAGUGAAAGAGUGGAGAGAAGGUCAGGAAAAGACGGUACUGAUCAUAGGUCUUCAAGAACAAGACACGGGCGAUCUACUUCUCCAUUGGAUCGGGACCACAAGAACAGACAAAGAUCUCUUUCACCUCAACAAGCUGCCAAUACCAGAGCUCGUGAUGAGGUGCCAAAUUCAAGAGAAGAUGAGCAUAGGGAUGAUGAGAAUGAUGCAGUAGCUAUGAUGAAGGCUGCUGAAGAGGCCUUGGAAGCAAAGCAAAAGGAAAAACCUUCGUUUGAGCUAUCUGGAAAGCUUGCUGCAGAAACUAAUAGAGUCAGGGGUAUAACACUUCUAUUCACUGAGCCUCCAGAUGGACGAAAACCUGAUGUAAGAUGGCGGCUUUAUGUUUUUAAGGGCGGUGAAGUGUUAAACGAACCCCUGUACAUACAUCGGCAAAGCUGUUACCUCUUUGGGAGGGAAAGAAGGGUGGCUGACGUCCCUACAGAUCACCCAUCCUGUAGCAAGCAACAUGCUGUUAUACAAUUCAGGCAAGUUGAAAUCGAGCAACCUGAUGGUACACUAUCAAAGAAAGUAAGGCCUUACUUAAUGGACCUUGGAAGCACAAAUAAAACUUUUCUUAAUGAUACUGCAAUUGAACCUCAACGUUAUUAUGAACUAAUGGAAAAGGACACCAUUAGAUUUGGUAAUAGUAGGGCAAUAUUUGAAGAUAAUAAGGUUGUGGAAGGUUCUGAAAGUCAUUCAAAUGUCGACUGGUAA